CGGAUCAAGAAGAUCGCGAAGGGGUGCCACGCGCUGUCGAACAAGAGAAGCGACGCGGUAUCUUAUUGGCACACUUUGCGACGCGAUGCUGCCCACCGCGCUGCCGUCGCGCUUGCUCAAGUCCAUCAACUCGUGGAAAGGCCGUCGCGCCGAAUACGAGUCGGUACACACACUCGACGAACUCCCGGUUGCCGAGGCACCGGUGCAGGUGCUCACGUGCCAUUUGGCCCCGCGCCCGGCGCCAAGCCCGCGCACCGAGGCGGCGUCACCGAUGACGUACGAUGUCCUGCUUCACAAGGACGAGCACGGGCUCGGCGUGUGCCUUGCCGUCGACGACGCCCAUCGGCUCGUCGUCGCGUCGUUCCGGCGACUCCACGCCAACGACGUCGGGCCGGCCGAGGCGAGCAACCAGAUCCGCCAAGGCGAUUUCCUCUGCGAAAUCAACAGCGACGAGGUGUUUACGCUCCCCCACGUCCACCGGCUACUCGUUGCGCUGCGGUCCGAGGCGUUCGUUCUCUUGCGCUUUCGGCGCGGCUCGCCCGGGACGCCGCUCCUUGUCGACGCGAAUUGUGUGGCUGAAACAACGUCCCCGCGUGCCGUGCCGACGCAACGCGAGCGCCAGCUCUCGCAUUUGGUGCACGAUCUCGCGCUCAAGAACCAGCUCCUUCAUACCCAGCUCGCAGAAAUCCAAGGGCAACUCUUGCAAAAAUGCUGGGCACUUGAAAGCACCGAGCAGCAGCUGCAGGAGGCGCGGGUGGAAGCUACCCGAAGCAGCCGUCUCUGGCCGGCCAAAAGCAAUGGGCAGCAUGCCAAGCUUGAGUUGGACACGCUUUUAACCGAGUGCAAGUCCCAGCUCAAGCGAGAGUGCGACGAGCAGAUGCAGCUUGAGCGCGCCCAGCUGCGCGCGGCCCAUCGGCGCGAACUGGAGCGUCACGAAGCCACGAGCGCGAAGAAGCUCCGGAUGCUCGAGGAGGCGCUCGGAUUUUUGAUCGACCAAGUGGACGCGCGCCCCUCCGACGAAUCGCAGCCCGUUUCAAACGAGGCGGGCAAGCUCCAGGACAUUCGCGGCAUCCUGGCGGGCUACACGGCACGACGACACCAGAUCGACCGCCUCGUGCCGAAAAAAGCACCCUCCGUCACAAGUGCGUAAUGUGAUAGACCAACAUGACAACGAUUCAAUGGAUGACAUUCAUGUCCGUCGAGGGUCUAACUACGUAUCGUCUAUUCGAAUGGCGAUGAGCAC